AUGGAUGCCGGAGCUGCGACCGAGACGGCGCGGGGGUCAAGCCCGACGAGGUCGGCGCAAGAGGUGCUGCGCAGGAUGAGCCUCAACAGCCCUCCCUCCCGUACCGAUAACCCUCGUCAAGUCAAGAGGGCAAAGGUGCUCGGUGGGGAAGGCGGAGGAGCGGCAGCCUCCCGGCCUUUCGCCGUGCCGCAGGCUGUACAGACCCCGGCCACCGUCAGGAAACCGCCGCCGCCGUCCUCGCGCGCCGCCGGCCUCGAUGGCCCCUCUCCCAUGCCCUCCUGGGGGGUGAACCUAAGGGAUGCCUCCGCCGGGGAACCGCUGGAGGCGGGAGACCACGACCCUAGCUCCUACUACCCAUCCUUCCAGCUAGACUGCCUCCGUCAGCCCUACGGUAGCGGCACCUCCGAUGGAGCGGUCGAGUCUCCAGCUAUGGCCUCUCCGGCCGGCGGCGGUGGCGGCGGCGGCGCGGGCCCUUCCCCUACAUCCACGGCAAUGGACGACGACGACGAUCAAAGCAGCGGCGGCGGCGGCGGCGGCGGCGGCGGAGGCUCCCGACGCACGACCCGCGGCGGCGGGGUCUCGUUGCGGUCCAUGGGGGGAGGGGAGGAAGACGAUGCGUUUGCGCCCCCGCCGUCCCCGGCCAGGCUGGAGAUGGUGGGCGGUGGUGGCAAGAGUACGAGGGGGUUGGGGGGGAUAGCCGCCGCUCUGGAACAAGCAAGAAAUGUCGGGGGGGCGGGAGCGGGGGCAGGUGUGCCGGAAACGCCUCUGAGAAGGCCGGGGAGCGGGGCUGGGAGCAGAGCUUCUGAGCGAGGAGCCGCGGCGCGUGGCGGCGGCGACAGCAGCUGUUCUCCCGUGGGGGGGUACGCAGGGUUUGACAGGUCGGCUGUUCAGGGAUCGCCGGUUAAGAGGAGGAGCGUAGGGCGGUGGCGUAUGUCGGAGGAGGGCAGGCGCGAGACGAGCGCAGAGCAGGGCCGAGCAGCCUGCGAGGAGUCCCCGCUCCGCAGCAACAGGAACCCGUUCUCGCCGGACAGGGAUGAAGACGUUGCUCAGGGAGAUGCGAUGUCCAUGCCCGCCCCCGCACCGCGCUCGCGGCUGUCUUGCGGGGGGCCCGUGACUGGGGGCGCCGACGGAUCUCCGAUGGACACCGGAGAUGUCGGAGAUUUCGCGACAAUGACGGCGGGGAUGGGACGAGGAGGAGGCAAAGCAGACGAGGGCAGCUUCCUGCGGAGGGUAAGCGUUGGCAGCACCUGCUCCUCCUCCUCCGUCCCCACCACCGCUGGCAAGAAAACAGUCCAGGACGUUACCAAUCCCAGCCCCUGUGACGUGGCCGCCUUCGUGCCGGUAACCCCAUGCCGCGGCAAGAACAGCGCGGAGGCCAUGAGGCUGGGGGGGGACACCGCCCCAAUGUCCCCGGUUUCUAGUGCCGGCGGAGGCGUGAAUGUGUCUCUGAACGUCGGGAACGGGGAGAAGGUGGCGCGGGGCAGGUUCGCUACCGAUUUCGAGGUUAAGGAGAUCAUUGGCACGGGGGGCUUCGGGACAGUGUACAAGGUGCGGAGUCGUGUGGACGGCUGCCUGUACGCGGUGAAGUGCAGCAGGCGGCGUUUCAAGGGCGAGACGGACCGGCAAAACAUGCUCAUGGAGGUGUACGCCCUCGCUGCCGUUUGCGACUCUGCCCAGGAGACGAUCAACAUCGUUCGCUACCACCAGGCGUGGAUCGAGGAGGAGCGUCUGUACAUUCAGACCGAGCUGUGCGAGACCUCGUUGGAGAAGCAGCUGGAGAGCGGGCACCGCCUAGAGAUAUCGGGCGUCUACGCGUUUCUGAGGCAGACGCUGCUGGGGCUGGAGAUUCUGCACCAGCACAAGCUCGUUCACCUCGACAUCAAGCCGGGGAACAUCUUCGUGAAGAACGGCCAGUACAAGCUGGGAGACUUCGGGCUGGUGACCCCUGUGCACGUUAGGUCCGGCACGGACGUCGUGGAGGGAGACUCGCGGUACAUGUCCAAGGAGCUCUUGAACGACGACCACUCAAACCUCACCAAGUGUGAUGUGUUCUCGCUGGGUAUCACCCUUUACGAGAUAAUCUCGGGCAGGCCUUUGCCGCCUAACGGAGAAGAGUGGCACCGCCUUCGGUCCGGCAAGGCGGGCAUGCCGAUGGGGCUCCCGGCGGAGCUCUCCAAGACCCUGCUUGAGAUGAUGGACCCCGAUCCAGCACGCCGGCCGUCUGCUGCGGAGCUCCUACGGUACCCUUGCCUGCAGAGCGAGAUGGAAAGACAGCUGAACGACCAGAAGUCGGAGCUCAGCAAGGAGAGGACGCGCAACUCUGGGCUGUUGGAGGAGGUUUCGGCGCUGAUCCAGAAGCAGAGCCACAGGAGCGGUCGCCUCAGCCGGACGAUUACCUGGGACAACUCGUAUUUCGCGGCAAACGGUUCCAAGGGGAAAUCACCCUCUGACAACCUGUCGUCGAAACCCUCCCUGGGCGGAACUCCCGAUGCCGCCGCACGUGGAGGAGGCGGAGCUGCGCGGUCCAACCUGUCCGCGUUCAAUGCGUCGGAACCGUCCGGUGUCUUCGGGGGCGGUGAGUCAGCUCCCGCUCUCUUCGGCCCCUGGGUCCCGCGGCCUUCCAUGGCGGUCGGAUCGGCUCGCGGCGCAGCAGCGGGAGCUGCCGAAGUCGGUCGUGGGGUGGUGGCGUUGUCCAGGGUGGAGGAGGAAGGGUCCGACUCCCCGCCGGCGUCGGGGGACAUGGCCGGGGGGGCGAGUCUUCCGGCCUCAUUUGAGCGUCUGCGGCAGGCGUAG